UUAAAUCGAGUAUAUAUAUGGGUGUGUGUAUAUAGGUAGACAUCUUAAUCUGCGACUUAUUCAGCAGAAACAUGCAAUUGAUGGGUAAGUUCAAAAGGAUGUGUGUAUUUUGUGGAAGUAAUUCAGGGCACAGAAAGAUAUUCAGUGAUGCAGCUCUUCAACUUGGGAAAGAACUGGUGGAGAGGAAAAUGGAUUUGGUGUAUGGAGGAGGAAGUGUAGGGUUGAUGGGGUUGGUUUCUCAAACAGUUUAUGAUGGCGGAUGUCAUGUUCUUGGAGUAAUCCCAACAGUCCUAAUUCCCCUUGAGAUAUCAGGCAAUUCAGUAGGAGAAGUAUUGGUUGUAUCGGAUAUGCAUGAAAGAAAGGCUGAGAUGGCACGUCGAGCUGAUGCUUUCAUUGCAUUGCCUGGUGGGUAUGGAACCAUGGAAGAGUUGCUUGAGAUGAUAACAUGGUCUCAGCUUGGAAUCCAUCAUAAACCAGUGGGUCUCUUGAACAUUGAUGGGUAUUAUGAUUGCUUGCUUCGUCUGUUUGACAAAGGUGUGGAAGAGGGGUUUAUCAAUUUAUCUGCUAGGAAUAUUGUCAUAUCUGCAAAAACUGCUACAGAGCUGAUACAGAAGAUGGAGGUACUGGAAUACAUGCCUUCGCAGAAUCAAGUGGCUCCAACCCAAAACUGGGAUGUGGAGGAAAACCAUGCAAAAGGUUUGUUUUAGAUGAAAGCAAGGAUUGAAUUUAAUUACAUUUGAUUUUCUAUAGUUUAAUUUGCGUCUUGAGAUUGUGGAUGUAAUUGAUACAAUUGAUAUGGUAUUUCCUUCCAGAUGCAAUAACAAAUGUGCCUCUUAAGACAUAAUUCUUCA